AUGAGGGGGGAUCUGUGGCUCCUGCUUGCGGUGCUAAGGGAGGCAGCCGGCGGGCUGAGCCCUGAUCCGGGAGCAGGAGAAGGACCAGGCAGAGGUCCAGGAUGGGAUGCAGGAAAUACAGAGAGGAAGAUGCUGGGCUGGAAGAGAAGGACCCGAGAGAGCACUGGCCGGGCACCUGCACCAGAAAGGAAACAGCUGAGCCAAGACCAAGGUGGGGGCACCCUGGACAUCAAUACAUUCCCUGAGAAUGAGACGAAGAUUGUGGAAGACAACCACAGCUACUACAUUUCUCGAAUGUAUGGCCCUAGUGAACCCCGGACCAGAGAGUUGUGGGUAGAUGUGGCAGAAGCCAACAGAAGUCAAGUCAAAGUCCAUGGAAUCCUUUCUAAUACCCACCGACAAGCUGCAAGAGUGGUCCUGUCCUUUGAUUUCCCAUUCUAUGGCCAUCAUCUGCGGCAAAUCACCAUAGCAACCGGAGGCUUCAUCUUCAUGGGGGAUGUCAUCCAUCGGAUGCUCACAGCCACCCAGUAUGUGGCGCCUCUGAUGGCCAACUUCAACCCUGGAUACUCCCCAAACUCCACAGUCACGUAUUUUGACAACGGAACAGUCUUUGUGGUACAAUGGGACCAUGUCUACCUCCAGGGCCAUGAGAGUACAGGGAGCUUCACUUUCCAGGCAGCUUUGCAUAUCGAUGGCAGAAUCGUCUUUGGUUACAAGGAGAUCCCAAUGUCUGUCCUGGAUAUCAAUUCUACCCAGCACCCUGUCAAAGCUGGCCUGUCUGAUGCCUUCAUGAUUCUCAGUCCAGCCCCUGACGUGCCAGAAUCUCGCCGAAGGACAAUUUAUGAGUAUCAUCGAGUUGAGUUGGACACCAGCAAGGUCACCAGUACAUCAGCUGUUGAGUUUACUCCACUGCCAACUUGUCUGCAACACCAGAGCUGUGAAGUUUGUGUCUCUUCAGACUUGACUUUCAACUGUAGCUGGUGUCACGUCCUCCAGAGGUGUUCCAGUGGCUUUGACCGCUAUCGGGAGGAGUGGUUGGCAUAUGGCUGUGCCCGAGAGGCAGAGGGCAGGACAUGUGAGGAUUUCCAGGAAGAAGAACAUUAUGCCUCAUCCCCUGAGACUUUCUUCACACCCUUUGAUGGAGAAUUCACCACUUCUGCCUCUUCCCUCUUCAUUGACCAUCUCACCACAGAAGAUGAUACGAAGUUGAAUCCGUAUGGGGGAAGAGAUGAUCUACAGAACAAACCUCCUAAAAUAAAGGGUCCUCCAGUGCAUGCAGGGGCCAUUGCGGGCAUUGUGCUGGCCGUCCUCCUAGUUGCAAUCAUCAUCCUGGCUGGGAUUUACAUCAACACUCAUCCUACUUCUAAUGCUGCCUUAUUCUUCAUUGAGCGGAGACCUCAUCACUGGCCAGCUAUGAAAUUCCGAAACCGCACCAGUCAUGGGACCUACACAGAAGUUGAGCCUUCAGGACAAGAGAAAGAGGGCUUUAUGGAGGCAGAACAAUGCUGA